AUGUCCACCCUCCUGCCCUUUCAUAAGACCAUACUAGAGCGCAUUCAUGACCCUACGAACAACGACCUCUUAGUUCUUGCCCGUGGGCUUGGCCUACGGCGCAUCAUCUGCACGCUUCUAAAAAUUUACGACACCCCUGGAAGCACAGUGCUCCUCGUCAAUGCUACACCAGAGGAGGAGCUGGAGAUUGGUGAGGAACUGGGAAUAAUGGGCUGUCGAAAUCCAGGACUGCGUGUAAUUGGCUACGAGACGCAGAACAAGGACCGGCAAGCUCUCUACCUCUCUGGCGGCCUGUUCUCAGUCACUUCGCGGAUUCUCGUGGUCGAUAUGUUGCAGGGGGACUUACCAACCGCUAAGGUCACUGGGAUGCUUGUCCUCCACGCGGAAAGAGUUACUCCUCUCGCUCUAGAGGCGUUUAUCAUCCGGCUGUAUCGCGAGAAGAACAAGACGGGGUUCUUGAAGGGCUUCACCGACCAGGCAGAGCACAUCAGCAGCGGCAUAUCUCCCCUCAAGAACAUCAUGAAAGAGCUGCAGCUCCGAAAUGUUCAUAUCUAUCCGCGAUUCCAAGAAGACAUCAAAAAGUCAUUGGAACGGCGUCGAGCAGAUGUUGUCGAGCUUUCGCAGCACAUGACAGAGACAAUGGCUGGGAUUCACCACGCAAUAAUCGAAUGCAUGAACUCUACGCUCGCCGAGUUAAAGCGGUCAUACUCGACUCUCGACCUUGACGAGCUAACAGUCGAAAACGCAUAUUUUCGCUCUUUUGAUGUCAUCGUCCGGCGGCAGCUCGACUCCGUCUGGCACAAAACGGGACCAAAAACGAAGCAACUUGUGUCAGACUUGGGCGUCCUCCGGCGACUGCUAACCUAUCUUCUCACUUACGACCCUCUACAAUUCCACGCAUAUCUCGAAACCCUUCUGGCAACGGGGUCAGUAACCGUCAUGGGUGUGAAGGAAAACAGGAGUCCGUGGAUGAUCAGCGACGUUGCCCAUCUCAUUUUUGACGGGGCAAGACGAAGAUGUUACCUGGGAAAUUUCAAACCCAAACCGCCCCCAGCGCAGAACGAUGACGACGAUGGUUGGGCAGCGCUGGAUGAAUUGGACGGUAUCGAAGUGCAAGCCAAAGCGGAUGUCAGACCACAAUGGCUUCCCUACGGCUUGGAACCUGUACUCGAAGAACUCCCUAAGUGGGGUUUAUUGGCCGAAGCGUUGCAGGAGAUUGAGGGGGAUAUAUUGCGCAUCGAAACUGCCGACAUGACGCGCAAAGGGCCGCCCCUCCCCGGCUCAAACGUCGUUUUGAUCAUGACGUCUUCAACGCGAACGUGUCGCGUUAUCUCCGAGUUCCUGUCCACCAAAGACGAUUCCUUACCAAGAGGUGCCCAAGGCCGGGCGAUGCUAAUGAAGCGACUGAGGGUUUACUUAUGGUGGAAGACAACAUUGGCGCGGAGGAAAGCGGAUGGAAAACCUGGGUUUGGGAUGCCGGAUAUCAUACCUGGCGAAAGCGGGUUCAAGCAGGGGUAUCCGACUGAAGAGCGUGGGGUUGGCACUCAAAUAAGCGAAGCGUUGAAGAAAAAAGACCGGGAAAUGGCUGACCGCAAUGCUCGUAGGCGAAGAGUGCGUGGUGGGGCACCUACUCCUUCUGCGACCACUCGAGAUUUGCCAGGCGACAGUGCUGAUGCAGCCAUUGGGACUAUGAACACUGAAGCGGACGACAUUGCUGCUUUUUGGCAAAACCACGGCGAGUCUGUGGAACAACCCGAAGUCAACAUCGAGCUGCUUCAAUUCGAUGUUACUGAACUGGAGCAAGAGUUCGACACGCAUUAUGGCCUGUUGGCGCCGCAGCAGACUGUUGUCGUUCGAGCUUAUGGAGGCGACGCGGAUGACCGCAUGCUAGCUGAGCUCCAGCCCAGGUUUAUCGUGAUGUAUGAACCCAAUAUGGACUUUGUUCGACGAAUCGAGGUUUACCGUAGCUCCAGUCCCGGCCUCAACGUCCGGGUAUACCACAUGAUCUAUGGCAACUCGAGCGAAGAACAUCGGUAUCUAGCCGGUGUGCGUAAAGAGAAGGAUGCCUUCCAGCGCCUGAUCAAGGAGCGCGGGACCAUGCUCUUACCGAUAUUCGAGGACAAGGCGGACGCGAGAAGCGACGCGUUGAUCAAGACCAUUAGCACGCGAAUUGCGGGAGGGAGACGUGAGGUUCGAGCAGAGCCUGCUCAAGUCAUCGUCGACAUGCGAGAGUUUCGCUCGUCGUUGCCGUCACUUUUACAUGCAGCGAGUAUGUUGGUCAUCCCGGCGACAUUGACAGUCGGCGACUAUAUCUUGACGCCCGAUAUUUGUGUCGAACGCAAGAGUAUACCGGAUUUGGUGUCCAGCUUCAACAGUGGGCGGUUGUAUACCCAAUGUGAGCUGAUGUCGGUACACUACAAGCACCCCGUGCUCUUGAUUGAAUUCGAGGAGGACAAGGCGUUUUCGUUGGAGGUUGUCUCAGACAUGAAAUCCUAUGCGAAGCCGACUGGGAAAUACCCACCCAAAGCGGGUGGGUCGAAGGAUAAAGACAACGCUCAGCCGCUUCUCCAAUCGAAACUGGUUCUGCUCUUACUCUCCUUCCCGCGCUUGCGAAUCAUCUGGGCCUCGUCACCCCAUAGCUCGGCUGAAAUCUUCGCCGACCUCAAAGCGAAUAACGCGGAACCCAGUCCACACGAGGCCAUCGCGAUCGGGGCAGAAGCCGACCCGGAUGUCGGCGCGGGGGUAAAUGCAGCGGCAGAAGAGCUGUUGCGGGCUCUGCCUGGAGUCACAGCAAAGAAUGUCGCGUAUGUGGCCAGUAAGAUCCAGAGUGUACGGGCUCUGUGUGACAUGACGCUGGUGGAGGUGCAGGGAAUUUUAGGGGUGGAGCCUGGCAAGGCUUGUUUUGAUUUUUUACACAAAGGGGAUCAAAAGAGGUGA